AUGUCGCAGUCGCAGGAGAGCCAGUGGUUCGGGCCGUCGCAGGACGAAAGUCAGUGCGACGAGGACGUCACGAACACGUUCAAAGCGCUCCCGGCCCACUCGGCCUUCGUCCGACUGUCGCAGGACUCGUCCUUCAACGACGCCGCGCCGACGCCGGCCGACGCGUCGGGGGUGACGCGAAUCACCGCGAGCGCGUCGUCGUCGGAGCGCGGUUCCGCCGUCGACGCCGCGCCGCGCGAGGCGCCCGCGGCGACGCCCCGGCCCGCCGUCGCCCCGCCGCCGCCGCGCGCCGCCGCGACGGUCUGCCGGCCCGUCGCCGCCCCGCCGGCCGACGAGCCCGUGCCCGUGUGCUACGCGUGCCGCGUCGCGACCGCGCCCGACCUCGACGACGAGGGCCGGCAGCGCGUCAAGCCGCCGUCCGCGAAGGACGUCCGCGAGAAAGCGCCGGAGCGGCUCCUCUGGCGCUGCCCGCAGCUCAUCGGCUGCGCGUACCGCUGCGGGGCGUGCUACACGCUCGCGAACUUCACGGGCUGCCGGCGCCACGAGACGCACAAGUGCCGCCGGAACCCGUCGCGGGCGUCGGACGGCGCGGCGGCGGCGGUGCCGCACGCCGCGGCCGUCGUCGAGUCGGAGUCGUCGUCGGAGUCGUCGGACGACGGCCGCGAGGACUCCUCGGGCCCCGCGCCGCACCCGUCGGCCGGCGUCUUCGCGUCGCUGCGCGCGCCGGCGUGGGCCGCGGGCCGGCGCGGCGGCCGCGUCGAUGCGGCGGUGCCCCUCCGCGUGGCGCGGACCGGCGACGGGACCUGGGACCUCGCGGCCGGCGCGCCGCGCGCGACGAACGUCUGGGCCCCGGCCGUGGCGCCGGCGCCGCGGCCGCCCGUGGAGAUCAAGGUGACCCUCGACGCGCCGGACGCCGCGGGGUCCGACUCGGACCGGACGCGCCUCGACGAGCCGGGGGACGACGAGCCCGCGGCGGCCGACGAGCCGCGGGAGCCGCCGGCGCGGCGGGACGAGGUCGAGUUGUCGGCGCGGCGGGACGAAGUCGAGCCGCCGACGCAGCGGGGCGAGGUCGAGCCGCCGACGCGGCGGGACGAGGUCGAGCCGCCGACGCGGCGGGACGAGGUCGAGCCGGCGACGCAGCGCCAGUGGAACGAUUCGGCCGAGCCGCCGACGCAGCGCCAGUGGGCCGCCGAGGCGCCGCCGGCCGACGACGACGCGGACCGCUGGUCCGACGGGAGCGGCUUCGCGCUGCCGCGGCGCGAGUCCGUCGACGCCGUCGAGGCGGCGCCGCCCCGCGACGGCGGCGACGACGACUUCCCCCGCUUCUCCGACGGCGGCGGCGACGACGGCGCGGCCGCGGACCGCGCGGACCGGGCGGCGGGCCGCGCGGCGCGCAAGGCCGAGCGCGCGCGGCUCCGCGAGCGCAAGGCCGAGCGCCGGGACCGCCGCGAGCGCAAGCGCCUCCAGCGCGAGGCCCGCGCGGCGCCGGCGGCCCCGGCGCCCGAGGACCAGGUCGCCGCGCUGUCGCAGCUCGUCGCGGCCGCGGCGGACGGCCGGCAGCGGGCCUUCCUCGAGGGCUUCGCCGGCCGCGUCCGCGCCGGCGCCUUCGCCGCCGUCGCCGACCUCCACGCCGCCAUCUUCGCCGAGGCCAUGGCGCCGCGGCCCGCGGCGCCGCCGCCGCGCCGCGCGCCGCCGCGGCCGCGGCCGCCGCCGAAGCGCAAGCGAACGCCGGACACGCCGCCGAAGCGGGCCGAGCCGCCGCCCUACGACGGCACGUCUUCGGAGUCGUCGCCCGCGGGCCCGUCGCCGCCCGCGCGGCCGCGACGGCUCCGCGCGGCGCGCGACCGCCACGUCGACUACGCGGGCCGCGGCCUCGACGCCGCCGUCGAGAAGGCCUGCGCCCGGGGCAUGAUCUACAGACGAAUAGCAUCGAUCAUGGGCAUCGUCUACAGCAUGACGCUCACGGCGAAGCGGCUGCGCAUCACGCCGAGCCAGUACAUCAAGCUGCGCCACCUCAUGCUCGUCUGCGAGAUCGACGCGCGCGUCGUCUGGCGCAUCGCCUGGGAGUUCAACAAUAUUGAUAUUGAUCGCAGCGGCCAGAUCACGUCCAUGGAGCUCUUCAACCACUACGCCGUCGCCGACACGGUGUUCAACCGGCGGGCCAUGACGAUCAUGGACAACGAGCCCCCGGACAAGAUGAGCCUCGACGUGCUCGAGUACACCGCGGCCGUCUACAACUACUGCAGCAUGCAGAAGGUCCACCUCCUGCAUUUUAUUUUUGCGAUCUUCGACGAGGACGGGUCGGGCUACCUCGAGAUGAACGAGUUCGUCGCGCUCGUGAACUACGUCUACGACCGGCCGCUGACGCAGCGGGUCCUCGAGGCGCUCGACAAGUGCGACUUCACGGAGUCGGGCAUGAUCACGCGCGAGGAGUUCGUGACGCGCUGCAACACCUACCCCAUGCUCGUCGCGCCGGCCUUCGAGAUGCAGGAGAUCCUGCACAACGCGAUCCUGGGCGUGAAGUUCUGGGUGAAGCACAUCGACCGCCGCUGCGAGCGCCAGGACGACCUGCUGGAAAAGCUGCGCGAGAUGGACCGGUGCUACAUGGAGGGCGGCUCGCUCCAGCACGUCGGCGACUCCAUGCGCGACGAGGAGGUCGCCAAGUCCGCGCAGGAGAAGGCCGACGAGGCCGCGGCGACGCCCAAGGCCAAGGCGACGCUCGAGCAGUCCAUCUCCUUCAACGGCGGCCGCAUGUCCAUGCGGCACAAGGACGUCGAGGCCGUCAACCGGCGCACGUCCAUCAUGCUCGCGCAGGACCGCGAGGCGACGGCCGCGUCCGAGGAGGCCGAGCGGCUCCAGAAGCUCGAGAACUCGGAGUACAUGAAGGACCUCGAGCAGGCCGAGAAGGAGCGCUUCUCGUCGACGAACGUCACCUACCGGCCGAGCCGCAAGCCCGGCGAGGGGCCCAACAUCCAGCGCGACGCCGCGACCUACUCCAAGCUCAUCAACGUGAAGAAGUACGCGACCUUCCGCAAGAACAUGGAGAAGCACCGCAUCCAGAAGAGCGUCGGGACCCACGCGGGCGACAAGGUCGACAAGGGCGGCAAGCUCGGCAAGCUCGUCGACGACGUCCACCGCGUCUACGUCGGGGAUUGA